AUGGAUGAUGAAAAUGGACCGAGAUGUCCUCUGUCUCAUCCAUCUCAUCCUCACACCCUUUCCCAUCAAUACGCUGCUGACUACUGUCGUUUCGGAUGCUUUACAUGUGGCGUCAAAGAGAUCGAGCGGGCGAGUGAGGGCUCUCAAUACUUCUGCACCAUCUGCGAUGUAGAGUUCCAUCAAACUUGUCCCAAGCAUCCGAGAAAGAUAACACAUCCUUACCACCUUCAACACUCUCUCACUCUUACCUACCGAAACCCUGAAACCAAGAUCAUAUCUAGCAGCGGGUCCGAAUCCAAGGGAUCUGAAGACGUGAAGUUUGAGUACGUCGAGAUCUCUCUGUUCCAGUCUGAUGUCAUAUUCAAGAAAUGUUCUUGGUGUGGUCAAGAUCUCAAAGGUGAUUGGUUUUAUCGUUGCUCUAUCUGUGCCUUUUGCUUGGAUCUCACUUGCGCAGAAACAUUUCCACCUCUCACUAUUCCAAACCCUAAAAACCAUCCCCACUCACUCCUUUUCUUCCCUCGACCAUUCUCAACUCCAUGUGAUGCUUGCGGGUUAGUCAACGUGUUGGAACCGAGUUACAUUUGUUUACUUACCACGAGUGAUCAAGAUCACGCGUCACUCGCACCGUCUCUCUCACACUCCUUACCGUUCACCGGAAAUCUCACCAUGCCGGUCCAUUCCAAAUGCGCAACGCAUGACAAAGUUUGGGAUGGAAGAGAACUCGAAUGGGAACCAGAAGAUUCCGAUAACGAAGCUGAAGACAUCGUUCCACCUUUCAGGAAGCUAGGUGAUGGUUUCAUAAAGCAUUUCAGUCACAAACAUCGUUUGAAGCUCAAGAAGCACGAUGGCGUACGAGACACGGAAAAGCAAUGCCGAGCCUGCGUGUUCCCAAUCGUCUCUCCUCAAUUCUAUCACUGCAGAAGAUGCAACUACUCUCUCCACGAGGUAUGUGCUGGUCUUCCUCGGAAGCUGGAUCAUGCAUUGCAUAGACACACACUUUUGCUAGACACUUCUCCACUACCACUAAAACACUACGCAUCCAUUUAUUGCUCAGCUUGUUCCCGAGCAUUCACUGGUUUUCGAUAUAUAUGCUCUAAAGAAAGUUGCAAAUACAGUUUUAAGCUAGACGUUCGAUGCAUUUCGGUUUCUGAGUGUUUCGUCCAUAAAAGCCAUGAACUUUAUGACCAUCCACUGUUCAUAUCCACAUCCAGUAGCAGCAAAGCUGAGAUCUUAUGUAAAGGCUGCAAGAAAACAUGUUCAUGGCCUCGUCUACAAUGUAUGGUGUGCGAGUUUGCUCUGUGUUAUCCAUGUGGUACCAUUCCAAAUGAAUUACACUACAAGUAUGAUAAACAUCCUCUCACUCUCUGCUACGGAGAAACCACGAAAGAAGAAGACAUAUAUUGGUGGUGCGAGGUGUGUGAGAAACAGUUAGAUCCGACGAAAUGGUUCUACACGUGCAACGAGUGCUGCACCACUGUCCAUCUUCAAUGCGUAUUCGGAUCCUCUGCUUUUAUGAAACCUCGUUCCGUGUUUAGUCACUGGAAUGGAGUUGUGAGAGUUUUCCGCAACGGUAGUAACACUAGACAGGUUUGUUAUAAAUGUAACAAGCUUUGCACAGAUUCCAUCUACUACGAAGGCUACAAAUGGGGGAAGACGGAGGGUUUCUACAACAACAUCUGGACUUUUAGACUUGUGUUUUGCUCUUUGCAUUGUAUGGAGAUGAAAAAAUGGUAG